GGCCACGCUUGUAUAUAUUGUUGUAAAAUUCAUUUGGGCUCAUUGGUGUAACGGGAACAGAUACACCCAUCCACAAUCUUUACACAAAUACGGACUGCAAACAUUUCUUGGACAAAAUUAAGGAUCAGGAAUCCAAAACUCCCACAUCUCUGCCAUCUGAGCACACAUGAAAGCAUGAAAAUAUUGUGAUUCAUGAUGCAAUCCAUCCAAUCAUUUCUGAGAGCGCUGUGUCGCAAGAAGCCGCUGGAACCAGAAGAUGAGGUUUCCAGCUUCUGUCGCUGUCUCACAACAUUGGAUCUUAUUGCUUUAGGAGUGGGCAGUACUUUAGGAGCCGGGGUUUACGUGCUCUCUGGUGAAGUGGCUCGGACUCUGUCUGGUCCCAGUAUCAUCAUCUCAUUCUUCAUUGCUGCUUUAGCUUCAAUCUUUGCUGGGCUCUGCUAUGCUGAGUUUGGAGCGAGGGUUCCUAAAACUGGAUCUGCCUAUCUGUACAGUUAUGUGACUGUAGGAGAGUUGUGGGCUUUCACUACAGGAUGGAAUUUAUUACUCUCUUAUGUCAUCGGCACAUCGAGUGUGGCCAGGGCAUGGAGCGGUACAUUUGAUGAUCUUAUUGGAAAUCUGAUGGCUAAUUAUUUGAACAAACACGUGUCAAUGAGAUUACCUGGCCUGGCCGCUUAUCCAGACUUCUUUGCAGCGGCUCUUAUAAUGAUUCUCGCUGGUCUUCUUGCAUACGGUGUAAAAGAAUCAACUACAGUCAACAAGAUAUUUACAAGUGUUAACAUACUGGUGUUAAUGUUUGUCAUCAUCAGUGGCUUCAUCAAGGGAAAACUGAAGAACUGGUUUAUCACUGAAGAUAUCAUAAAGAAUGAAACAGCAACUCUUCAAAACCUAACAUCCACAUUUAAUGUGACAUCUGAGUUUGGAGUUGGUGGCUUUUUUCCAUUUGGAUUUGAAGGAACGUUGGCAGGGGCAGCUACAUGUUUCUAUGCAUUUGUAGGCUUUGACUGCAUUGCAACUACAGGUGAGGAGGUAAAGAAUCCACAGAAGUCUAUUCCUCUGGGUAUUGUGGCUUCUCUUCUUAUCUGUUUCAUGGCUUACUUUGGCGUUUCGGCCGCCUUGACUUUGAUGAUGCCGUACUAUCGACUCAGUACUCAGAGUCCUCUGCCCGUGGCCUUCGAUUACAUCGGCUGGGCCGCUGCAAAGUACGUCGUGGCAGUCGGGUCACUUUGUGCUCUCUCAACAAGUUUAUUAGGAUCCAUGUUUCCGAUGCCCCGAGUUCUGUUUGCCAUGGCCAGAGAUGGACUCAUGUUUAAAUCCCUGUGUAAAGUCAGUCUACGGCAGAGUCCGGUGGUGGCCACGCUAUCCUCUGGAGCUGUGGCGGCAAUAAUGGCUCUUUUAUUCGACCUGAAGGCUUUGGUUGAAAUGAUGUCGAUCGGUACGCUCUUCUCCUACACACUCGUGGCUAUUUGUAUUCUCAUACUUAGGUAUCAAGAGCCAGCUUCAGAAGAAAGUGAUUUACGCACACCCACAACCUUCACGUUUGGGUUUCUGAAACCCCCUUCGUACCCUACCAAAGAAACUUCAAACACCGUAACAAACUGCACAGUUUCUUUAGUGGUGCAGGUGUUUAUUCUGUCAUUGCUGAUUAGCAAAGCCAUCAGAUCUUUGUUGUUUCUGGAGGUCUGGAGUGUCGUGAGUCUUUCUGUCAUUCUGAUCAUAACGUUUCUCACAGUCUUUAUUAUCUGGAGACAGCCACAAAACCCAACUAAAGCCUCAUUCAUGGUACCAUUUUUGCCUUUUCUCCCUGUGGCGAGCGUCUUCAUCAACGUUUAUCUAAUGGUUCAACUGGGAAGUGACACGUGGGUUCGGUACGCUGUGUGGAUGUCUGUGGGAUUUCUUAUCUACUUUGGCUAUGGAGUGAGAAACAGUGUCCAGAAGCAAAGGUUACUCAACAGACAAAUCAACGUUGAAGUCACCGAAACCAAACCGGAUAAUGACGGACCAAAACUACAAGACUCAUAAACCUCCAAAAACAUCUUUUAAAGCCAAUUUUCGGUUCUGUUUUUUACUAACGCUGUCAUGUUUUCAGUGAAAUAAUCUCUUUUUAUACUUUUUGAAGCAAAUAAAUAAACGAUUCGAACAAAAUCUUUGAGUUGACAAUAAUAACUUAAUAUACUUAAUAUUACUUAUAAAUAUAACUAAAAAUAACUAGAAAAGUUUUAGAAAAGAAAGUCA